AUGGCAACCAUGGCAGCCAAGCAGAACGAUAUCAAAGGCAAACUGGCCCUGAUCACCGGUGCCUCAGGGGGUAUUGGUGCCGCUUGUGCACGCAAGCUACUCAUGAGUGAAUGUGAUCUGGCUCUGACAUACUCGUCCAAUCAACUUGCUGUAGAAGAACUGGUAGCACAGCUGCGCAAGGAAUGUGAAGCUGAAAGACCCGGUGGAGACUUCCGCCGGAUAUCAGUGCACAAAGUCGACGUAUCUUCUGCAGAUGAUAUUCUCUCUAUGGUCGCGGAUGUGCGAAAAGAGCAUGGAAAACCGAUUGAUAUCUUGUUCAGCAAUGCUGGCUAUGGAAAGAGGAUAGUCGACAUUUGGGAUAUUCCAAUUGAAGAGUACGACAAGAUGCAGAACAUCAAUUCACGAGCAUCCUUCAUCCUCAUUAAGGCUGUUGUCGAUGACAUGAAAGCGCAGAAAUGGGGACGCAUCGUCUUGAGCUCAUCGAUCGCAGCCUACGGCGGUGGUAUAAACGGAUGUCACUACGCUGCUUCCAAAGGUGCCUUGACUGCCAUGAUGAAGAAUCUAUCCAGCAAGCUUGCACCCUUCGGCAUCACCGUCAAUGACAUAGCACCGGCUAUGAUUGGCAAUACUGGCAUGGUCAAUGCUGAAAAUAUUCCAGACUGGCUUCUCGAGAAGAUCCCAGUCGGUAGAUUGGGUUACCCUGACGAAUGUGCGAACAUGGUAGAUACCAUUGUGAAGACCGGAUAUAUGACGGGGCAGAGCAUACUCUUGACAGGAGGCAUGGACCACAAAUGA